AUGGCGCCGUGGCCCGGGCUCAAACCUUUUGCUGUGUUUGUUAUGGACAACAACCUGGCCUUGAACACCACAAAAACCAAAGAGGUCAUCAUAGACUUCAGGAGGAACGGUAGCGACCCGCCACCCCUGUACAUCAACGCAAACAUAACAGCUAUCAUAAAGAAAGCUCAGCAGCAUCUGCUCUUCCUGCGAGUCCUCAGGAAGAACAAGCUGGAUAGGAAGCUGCUACUGGCCUUCUACCACUCAUCCAUUGAGAGCCUGCUUACAUACUGCAUUUCCACCUGGUACAGGUGCUGCACUGUUGCAGACAGGGAGCGGCUUCAGAGGCAAUGCGGUUCCAGCAGCAGAAGCAGCAGCACCACCACCACCAUGUGUGAGCGUGGUAGCACCCCAUUGCCCCUUGCACCGCUUCUCCUUCUCUUUGUCCUCCUCUCUUGCUCCCUGGAGACAACCCACGCCCAGCACCAGGUCCCCACGCUGGUCCCUCACCGGCCAACCCCCCUGACGCGCUCCCGCUUCAGCGCCCGUCCCCACCUCGACCUGACUACUCACUGUGACUCCAGCUGCUUCCACCGAGGAGAAGGGGGGCACCGGGCCUCUGAAAACCUGGACUUUGAAACCCUAUACUCGGAUGGCUCACGCACACUAACUGCCGUGGAGGUGGAGAGCGCUGCUCCGCCUGGACCGGGUCGGGUGGUCGCCCGACCUGCUGGGAGACGACGGCGAGUGAGGCGUCAGAUUUACGGCGCCGACGGUCGCUUUAACAUCCAGGGCGACAACUUCUUGCUGGACUACCCUUUCUCUGCAGCAGUGCGCAUCUCCACGGGCUGCACCGGCGUCCUGGUGUCACGUUGGCAUGUCCUGACCGCAGCUCACUGCCUCCAUGACGGCAAGGAUUAUGUCAAGGGGGCACGAAAACUACGGGUGGGCUUCCUCAUCCCGCCGGCCGUCAAUGCUACCGGAACGGAAGCCUCGUCCGAUAACAAGCCCUUAGUGCGCUGGGUACGGGUGCGGCGUACACGGGUCCCCAAAGGGUGGAUCCAGGGCCCGCGGGAGCUCAGCAUGGACUUUGACUAUGCCCUCCUGGAGCUGCGCUGGCCCCACCGCCGGUCUUUCAUGCGGCUGGCCGUGGCGCCCUCCCCGGACGGCCUCGCAGGCCGCCGCGUCCACUUCUCAGGCUUCGACAGCGACAGGCCCGGGGAGCUGGUGUACCGCUUUUGCCCGGUGGAGGAAGAGUCCAGUGACCUGAUCUACCAGCACUGUGAUGCCCGGCCGGGGGCCAGCGGCUCGGGGGUGUACGGCCGCGUGUGGGACAAUUCUCUGGAGCGCUGGGAGAGGAAAGUCAUCGGGAUCUUUUCAGGGCACCAGUGGCUGGAGGUGGACGGCGAGAACCGCGACUACAAUGUAGCCGUGCGCAUCACGCCGCUCAAGUUUGCGCAGAUUUGCUACUGGCUGCACGGAAAUGGCUUGGACUGUUCAUACAACUAA